AUGAGUACCAUGCAUUAUGAAAGGGAUCGGAGUUAUCACCGCGAUUACAGAGGCCAUCGCGAUAGAGACCGCGACCGAGAUCAUGAUAGGAAUAGGGAUAAGCGACGGUACCAACCCAAAAGAUCUAAAACCCCAGAAUACAUACCAUUCAACCGGAAUAUAUCCCUUAGCCGUGACAAGUCUAGAGCAUUGGAACGUAGAAGAAGGAAGGCCCAGGCAGAAUGUAUUAAAAGGGCAGGAGGAUUCCAAAGACUAGCAGAUUCGGAAGGCCAUGAGACUGUUAGAUUGUUAUGGGAUGGAUUCCAGUGGGUGGCUAAAACAGAGCCGUUGCCCGUGAUUAGUGGCGAUCCAUCAGCGGCAAAUGCCACCCGCAAACUUAGACGAUUAUAUUUUGGCAAUUUGCCUUUGCAUCUUGGGCUAACUGAGGAUGGAUUCAAGACGAUCGUGACCAAUGAGAUGAAAGCCAGGGGUUUUUGUAUUGAUCCAAAUGUAGAUCCUGUUGUAUACGUAUGGUUCUCUAACGACAAGGGCAACUAUGGCUUUGUAGAAUUUAACACCAUAGAGGAGACUGAGAAGGCUCUCACUAUGGACGGAAUGAAUUGCAUGGGCGUGCAGCUUAGAAUUUCUCGGCCAAAUGAUUAUAGCACCAAUACUUUAAACACAGGGAGUGCCUUUGCUGGCUUAUCAAUUCCAUCCAUGUUCACUCCAUACUCCCUCCCUGCAGCACCGGCAUUCCCUCCAGGGGCCACCGUGAUGCAUAUAGUGCAGAUUGCCAAUGUUAAAGCAAUGGAAAAUCAGAAAGACUGGAUUGAUAUGUUGGACGAUGUUAGAAAUGGCUUUGAUUCUCAUGGGAAAGUUGUUCAUUGCGCGGCAAUACUUCCAGAACACACCAAAGAUGGGAGAUUGGGAAUAGUCACUGCGGGCGAUGUGGUAUUGGAGUUUGUAAAUAAUGCUGCGCUUACAGGUGCUGUUCAGAACAUGACUGGAAGGAAAUAUGAAGGCCGCCCUGUGCAAAUGAGGCCGAUUGACUUGAGUAUCUAUGAGAUUAUACUGAAGGAGAUUGUUCCUAUACAGGAUAAGUUACUAUCAGAACUUGUGUACUCUGACACCGAUGAUGAUAAUUAA